AUGGAUUCCGAAUACAAAGAUCCCCUCCUGUCGCCGCGGGCUUCCUCUGACGAUGGUACCCGCGCAGUGGAACACAAUCCGUCCUAUACUCAGAACCCAGCCAUGGACUCCGGCCGCACCAGCCGUCAGCUGCACCCCAGCAUGGUUCACCGUCCCCUGACGCCUCCCGGGCAUAAUUACCCGGAGGACGGAGGGCACAAGGCAGAUUGGAACAUCAGCCUCACGCCCAUCUUGCGAGGGGUGGUCAUCGCGCUCGCCUUCGGCAUCGUCAUGAGCGAUAUCCCCUCGCGCUCCCCCUUCCACGCGGCACUGGCCCGGCUUAUAUUCGACUUCUUCGUCCUCGUCUGGAACAUCAUCGCCGUGCUGCCGCUCCCCAGGCUGCGCAGAGCCGGGUUCAGAGGCAGCAGGGUGCUGCAGUGCUCCGUCGCCCUGGGGCCUUAUAAGUGCAGCUGUGGGGGCGACGAGGACAACGACAGCGACGACGGAGGCGACGAGGAAGGCCUCUACGACAUCUAUGUCGCCCCUCGCAAGCCAGAGAGAUGGGUCAGGGUCACGGCGGCUCUGAUUGAUCUCGGGUUGGGCCUUGCCCUGCUCUCGACGACUGCAGCGGACGUCGCCGAGUCUCGAUACUAUCGUACCCGCCAGGGGCCACCUAUCAUAGUGCUCCAUUUCUUCUUCUCGUUGAUCCCGCUGCUGAUCGCCAUGAUCCAAGUCCUCAAUGUGUGGAGGGGAACUGUCGUCUCGGUACGAGUCGCUGCAGGCAGCGGAACCGAUGAUGGCCACGAGUACCGCAUUCGACUGCCGCGGGACGAUAGUGAGCAGCCAGACGAGACCGACAAUCUCAUGUCAGCCUCAGCUUGA